AUGAAUAUCUUAUACCUAAUUAAUACAGAUACCUAUACAUUAUUUUACACAUUUUUUAUUCUUAUUAUAUGUGUAACUUGGAUACAGUAUGUUUUAAAAAAACUUCAAAAUAAAUACUCCACAUUUCUGAAUAACGAAAAAAUAAUAAAUCAUUGUAAACAAAUACUAGACAAAAAUAAUUCUUUACAAGAAAAUAUUUAUAAGCUUAUAAAGUACAAUACUGGUAAAGAUAAUUAUGAAGAUAAAUUGCUUAGUAGAAAGUAUGCUUCUUUUUAUUAUUUAAAAAGAGCAAUUUUUUUUUUACAUAAUUACAAAUUUCUACAUAUAAAGAGGAAAUUAAAUUGCCUGUUUAUUAGGAAUAAUAUAACGGAUAUUAGGAAUUUAAAAUAUUUGACGUAUAAAAAAGUUAUUCAAUUUAAAAAAGAUAUGAAUAUUUGUUUGUCAGAAGCAUAUAAUUCUUUUGAUUAUAAGAAUAAAAAAGAAUUAUUAUAUAUUUAUUUUAAAUUAUAUUCCAAAAUAUAUUUUUUUUUUCAAAGUGAAAGUAUUUAUUUUUUUCAUUUUAUCACUCGUGUUUUAUUAGUGUCUUGGGUUUAUACGCCGUUAAAUACGACAUUUCAUUGGAAUGUGAAGGGGCAUAAAAACAAGGAAGCACAAAUAUAA